GCACGGAGCGAGGGCUGCUUUGUACGGCAGCACGGCUUUCAUACAGCGGCAUGCGGAGCAAAAGGAAGAAAACGUGCUUUGAUGCAAUGAUGAAGAUAUCUUUCUGUUAAGUGGGCAGCCUCUGGGACUUGCUGGGAGCAUGGAAAGAUGGUUAGAGAGCUCUCGUCUUGUGGCGUGCUCUCUUUGUGCUGGUGGAGGAUGGAAACACUGAAAGCUUGAGGCACACUCUUCAAAAAGAGAAAUGAAGGUGUCUCAGCGGUCCCAGGAGUCCAGAUGAGUGUUUACCAUGCCUCUGGGAACUUUCCUUCUUCCUGUUCUCUGUUUCUUGGGAGCAGUGAUUCCGCGGGGACUGCAGUAUGUCACGUUCUCACGCAAUGCUACGAAAUUCCUCCAUCUGUCUAUGGACUUGGAAUCUGGGACCAUUUACUUGGGGGCCACCAACUUUCUCUUUCAGCUGACAUCUGACCUGCUGAUGAAGAAAGUGGUUCAGACUGGACCAGUUCUGGACAGUAAAGAUUGCCUGCCCCCAGUCUCAAAGCUAGAGUGCCCUCAGGCACACCACACUGACAAUCACAACAAGCUGCUGCUGGUGAACACGGUGCAGAAGGAGCUCAUUGUGUGUGGCAGUGUGCACCAGGGAAUCUGUGAGAAGAGGAGCCUCACGUCUAUUGAUCAUGUCCUCUUCCGUCCAGAAAGUCCUGGCGACACUCAGUACGUUGCUGCCAAUGAUCCCAACAUCACCACUGUAGGACUCAUAGCCUACUCAAAGGAUGAGGUCCCCUUGCUGUUUGUGGGACGAGGGUACACUAGCCGAGGAGUUGGAGGAGGGAUUCCUCCCAUCACUACCCGAAACCUCAGAGCCCACAGUGGGGAUGUUCAAGCUACAGACUCUCACUCCAUUUUCUCCUAUGAAGAAACAGCAAAACUGGCUGUGGGACGGCUCUCUGAGUACAACCACCAUUUCAUUAAAUCUUUCACUUAUCGCUCAAGCAUCUAUUUCCUAUUCUACCGUCGGGACCUCAAGUCUCAAUCACGUGAGUACAAGACCUACAUCUCACGAAUCUGCCUGGAUGACUCUCAUUAUUACUCGUAUGUGGAGUUACCUCUGCUCUGCCAGGGCAAGACCAACACAUACAGUCUCCUGCAAGCAGCCUAUGUCACCCAGCCAGGAGAAGACCUGGCCCGGGGGCAGCUGGACACAGAGGGAGAAGUGCUGUUUGCAGCCUUCUCUGCCUGGCAGGCUUCUUCUGGGAAACUGAGUGAGGAGUCUGCGCUCUGUGUCUAUGCAAUGGAGGAGGUGGAUCGUCUGACCAAUUGGACUAGGGAUGUUUGCUACAUGAGAGAUGGGAAGUCAGAAGAAGGGACAGAAGUGGCAUAUAUUGAAUACGAUGUCAGUUCCAACUGUGUCCAGCUGCCAGCGGAUACCCUGUAUGCAUACCCCUGUGGCUCUGACCACACUCCCAGCCCUAUGGCCAGCCGUGUACCCUUGGAAGCAGCUCCCCUUCUGGAGAAAAGAGAGGCCCGUCUGACAGCUGUGGCAGUGCAUGUGGAAGAUGGUCACACCAUUGCUUUUCUGGGAGACAGCAGAGGGAGACUGCACAAGGUGUACUUAGGAGCGAUGGGAGAUGCACAAAUAUACGCUUCUUUAGCUAUCCAGUUAAACAGCGUGGUGAGUGGAGACCUGCUGUUUGACCAGUCGCAGGAGCACCUCUUCGUCAUGACCCAGUCAAUGGUGGUAAAGGUUCCCAUACUGGAAUGUUCCCUGUACUUGGACUGUGAAUCCUGUCUCGCGCUGAAAGAUCCCUACUGUGGUUGGUGUGUCCUUCAAGGACGGUGCAGCCGUCGCUCAGAGUGUUUGCGGUCCAGGAUGAGUGAGCAGUGGCUCUGGAGCUUUAACUCUACACAACAGUGUCUGUCUGUCCAGUCACUAACUCCAGCCAAUAUCAGCAGAGAGGAAAAGAGAAAUAUAUUCCUGGCUAUCUCGGAUUUACCCUCUCUGCAUGAGGAAGAAUUUUAUUCAUGUUACUUUGAAGAUUAUGAAAGCCCAGCAGUUCUGACAGAGUCAGGAAUCAUGUGUCCUUCUCCAGAUCCCAGCCAAGCACCAGCUUUGCCAACAGGAGCAGAUCAUGUCACCAUAAAGCUCGUAGUGCGUUUCCAUGACAUCUUCAUUGCUUCCGUGGACUUCUCUUUCUAUGACUGUGCUGCAGUGGCCCUGCUGUGGAAAUCGGCACCGUGCCAGAAGUGUGUGAGCAGUCUCUGGGGAUGUAACUGGUGCAUCCAGCACCACCUCUGCACCCACAAAGCCGCCUGUGAGGAAGGAACCAUUAUCUACAAUGAAAGGGCCCAGAUCCCAUCCUCAAGUGUGUUUCCUUCUCCAGCAGCUCCCCUCACCAAGUCCUCUACUACAGCCCCAACUGCAGCCACAAAACCUGUCACUCCGCCUGUGCGUGUGGUACCGAGCACUGUGCCCCUCACAGAGCCCAACCACAUCACACUCUCCACAGCCUCGGAUGCGACGACUGAGCCGGCAGAAACCCUCAGCUAUACAUACUUGACUCUCUCAAGUGAAGCAGACUCUCUCCAGGCCGUCACAGAAUCCCCUCUACCACCACCAGCAGACAAACCUGCGGUCACUGUGCCGGAGACAACUUCUCCUGCAGUAUCUGUCCCCACCAGCCCAUCGGAAAACAUGGAUGAUGCAGCCUUGCCCACAGAAUGGCCAGCCACUGCCCAGGAGCCGCAGCACACUGACCCACCCACCACCCUAGUGGGUACUUCUCUGCACCCAUCUCCAGCAACAGUAACACCUUCCCCACGUGUCACCAGUUUCAAGUGGUCUCCAAGUUCUUUUCCUACCAUGGAGGCGCUGACAUCUGCCAUCCCAUCUCCCCAAACCCCCAGCCAAGUGCCAGGGAGCCAUGCUGCCUCCGAUGACUCUCCUGGCUUGCUUGGAACUGAACUACCUGCUUCAGAGCUUCCACAAUCAGCUCCCCCAGACUGGCUGCUGGAGGAAGGCAUGGAGCUCCAGGACACAGAGGACUGGAUGGAUUUGCUGCAGGCUGAGAAUGACACGUCUUCCUUCUCUGCUUCUACUCUUUUGUCGGGUGAUGGUGAUUCUUCAGAGAGGGAUGUCCCUGACUUUCCCAGGAUCCUCCACCCUGACCUUGACUAUCAGUAUGAUGCCCCUGAGUUUUGGGAGGAGAGUGAAGAGCUUAACUGGGGUCCAGAUGCAUGUCCCUGUGUGCAGGGAAUCCAGGGGUCUUCACUGUUUCCAGUCAACGUGGCAAGGAAGAUAACCCUGCUGGGGAAGAACUUCCAUCUCUAUCAGGACCAGCAGUGGGACUAUGAGUGUGUCCUGAAUUUGGAAGGAAGGACAGUUGUGAUGGAUGCUUAUGUGGAAGGUGAAGAAACAAACCAGUCUCUUUGUUAUAUCACCUGCCAGAUGAACCAGUACAGUUACACUGCUCCUCAACUUGAAUUCAAUGCUGUGGUGUUUGUGCGGAGGCGACGACACCUUCGAGUGGACAGUGCUGCAGAUCUUCAUGUGACUUUUUACAACUGCUCUGUGGGACACACUGAUUGUAGCCGCUGCCAAACAGCUGACUCCAAGUACAACUGUGUGUGGUGUGGAGGUGACAACCCCAGCUGUAUCUUCAGGGGCUCCUGCAAGGAAAAAAUAGAAGAUAUGUGUCCAGCACCUCUCAUCCACUCUGUGUACCCCCUGUCUGGACCAGUGGAAGGUGGCACUAGAAUCACCAUCACUGGCUCAAACCUCGGGCAGAAACAUCAAGACAUUGCAGAAACUGUCACUGUUGCAGGAAUUCCCUGUGCCGUAGAUGCUCAAGAGUAUGAGAUCUCUAGCAGUAUCGUCUGUGUCACCGGCGGGAGCUGGACAGAGAGAUCUGGGCACAUUGUGGUUGAAGUGCCUGGAGGAGGACGUGGAGUUUCUGAGCAUGUUUUCACCUAUCAGAACCCAGAGCUGAAAUCCAUUGUUCCAACUCAGGGCCCCAAAGCGGGAGGAACCUGCCUUACCCUUCUUGGCUCAAAGCUUCUGACUGGGCAUCCUAAUGAGAUCAGUGUCCUGCUUGGAGACCUCCCUUGCCACAUCCUCUCUGAGAUGACAGAGGAUCAGUUGGCGUGCCAGACAAGUCCCAGCAACGUGUCCACAGAACUUCCAGUCACCAUCAAAUACGGAAACCAAGAGCGGAGACUGGAAGGAUCCCUCUUCAGAUAUACUCUGGAUCCAAACAUUACUUUUGCGGAGCCACCUAAAAGCUUCCUCAGUGGAGGGAGAGUGCUCAGAGUUCAUGGAUACAACUUGGACGUUGUACAGAAACCGAAGAUCCGUGUUACAGUUUCUCCAUCUGAACGCCGGCGCCGAGGACUGGGACGAUGGCGCAGAAUCAUCCCAGACACCGAGUGCCCUGAGGAUGCUCUGUGUGGCGUCCAGCAGUUUGAAGAACCAUGUCUUGUUAACUCCUCCUAUCUGAUCCUGUGCAAAACUCCAGCCAUUAACCUACUGUUGCGGAGUGUCCGUAUCAAACUGGAAUUUAUUCUGGAUAAUCUGAGCUUUGAUUUCAACUCAUUGCAUCCCAUGCCCUUUUCUUAUGAAGUCAACCCCAUCCUAAAACCAUUGAAUGCUGAAGACCCUGCCAAACCAUAUCGUCACAAGCCUGGAAGCGUCAUCUCUGUGGAGGGUGAAAACCUAGAUCUGGCUAUUUCCAAGGAUGAAGUUAUGGCUAUGAUUGGGGAAGGAAUCUGUGUGGUGAAGACACUAACAAGGAAUCAUCUCUACUGUGAGCCUCCCUCUGAGCAGCCAGCUCCGCGGCACCGCACAAAGCGGGAGGGCACGGAUGUGCUCCCAGAGUUCACGGUACAGAUGGGAAACUUGAACUUCCUCCUGGGCCGAGUGCAGUACGACACAGAAAGCCAGCUCACCUUCCCGCUGGAGGCACAGAUUGGUUUGGGUGUGGGUGCAUCCUUUGUAGCACUGAUUGUUCUGGUCAUCGUCUUCAUAUACAGGAGGAAGAGCAAACAGGCUCUGAGGGAUUACAAGAAAGUUCAAAUCCAGCUAGAAAAUCUGGAAACAAGUGUUCGGGACAGAUGCAAAAAGGAAUUCACAGACCUGAUGACUGAGAUGAUGGACCUCACAAGUGACCUUGUGGGCACAGGAAUCCCCUUCUUGGACUACAAGUCCUAUGCAGAGCGCAUUUUCUUCCCGGGUCACCGUGAGUCACCACUGCAAAGGGAUCUGGACAUCCCCGAGUGCCGGCGGCAAACUGUGGAGCAGGGCUUGGUCCAGCUUUCCAACUUGCUCAACAGCAAGCUCUUCCUCACCAAGUUCAUCCACACUCUAGAAAUCCAGCGCACUUUCUCUCCAAGAGACCGGGCUUAUGUGGCAUCAUUGCUCACUGUGUCACUGCAUGGGAAGCUGGAGUACUUCACUGACAUCCUGAAAACACUCCUGAAUGACCUUGUGGAGCAGUAUGUGGCCAAGAACCCCAAGCUGAUGCUGCGGAGGACAGAAACAGUGGUAGAGAAACUGUUAACCAACUGGAUGUCCAUCUGCCUAUACGCAUUUGUGAGGGAUUCUGUUGGGGAGCCACUUUACAUGCUGUUCCGAGGAAUCAAGCACCAGGUGGACAAAGGGCCAGUUGACUGGGUAACAGGGAAAGCCAAAUAUACCCUGAAUGACAACCGCCUUUUGAGAGAGGACCUGGAGUACCGGACUCUGACCUUAAAUGCUCUGACACAAGCAGGAGUUGCUGCAGGAGGGGCAGAGGACUCCCAGGGCAUUUCUGCGAAAGUGCUAGACUGUGACACCAUAACACAGGUGAAGGAGAAGAUCCUAGAUCAGAUCUAUAAAGGGACACCGUACUGUCACCGGCCAGACCCAGACACCCUGGACCUCGAGUGGAGAUCGGGGCUGGCAGGUCAUCUGAUACUGUCCGAUGAGGAUGUGACAUCUGUUGUUCAAGGAACUUGGAAGCGCCUGAACACUCUUCAACAUUACAAGGUGCCUGAUGGAGCAACAGUAGCACUGGUCCCACGCCUGACCAAGCACAUCCAUAGGGAGAAUCAGGAUUACAUCCCAGGAGAGAAAACACCAAUGCUAGAAGAUGCAGAUGAAGGUGGGAUCAAACUUUGGCACCUGGUAAAACCAACGGAAGAGCCAGAGCUUCCCAAGCAUCGGCGUGGGAGCUUAAGAGAUCGGGAGCGAGCCAAGGCAAUCCCAGAGAUCUAUCUGACACGUCUACUCUCAAUGAAGGGCACUCUGCAGAAGUUUGUGGAUGACUUGUUCCAGGUGAUUCUCAGUACCAACCGCCCUGUCCCUCUGGCAGUCAAAUACUUCUUCGAUCUGUUGGAUGAGCAGGCGAUGCACUAUGGAAUUGCAGACCCUGAGACCAUCCAUAUCUGGAAAACAAACAGCCUGCCCCUGCGGUUCUGGAUCAACAUCAUCAAGAAUCCCCAGUUUGUUUUUGAUGUGCAGACAUCGGAUAACGUAGAUGCUGUGCUCCUGGUCAUUGCGCAGACCUUCAUGGACUCCUGUACAAUAGCUGACCAUAAGUUAGGGCGGGACUCUCCGAUCAAUAAGCUGCUCUAUGCCCGGGACAUUCCUCGCUACAAGCAGAUGGUGGAAAGGUACUACGCAGAUAUUCGUCAGACCAUCUCUGCCAGUGACCAGGAGAUGAACUCUGCCUUGGCUGAGCUGUCACGGAAUUACUCAGGUGACCUCAAUUCCCUGGUGGCUCUACAUGAAUUGUACAAAUACAUCAAUAAGUACUAUGACCAGAUCAUUACUGCUUUGGAAGAAGACCCAACGGCACAGAAGAUGCAGCUCGGCUACAGACUGCAACAGAUUGCAGCAGCUGUGGAGAAUAAAGUCACAGAUUUGUGACAAGCGCAGAGAGACUGCUCUCCCCUGGCUGAAUGGGGACAGUGCUCAUCCUACCUAUACACAGGGUGUCCUGCUGCCAUCGGAACCAGGCUCUCCAAGGAACCUGCGAGUGACGUGAAUGGGGAUGGCCAAGGCAGUACAUAGUACAAGCGUCCUUGCAUCUCAGAGAAUAUUUUUUUACAGUUUUUUCUUCAUAAAAGCAAAACAAGACAAAAACACCCAAACUUUGGUUUUCCUAUGGCAGACAGCUCCUUCCUACAGAUGUUACAUCAAUGUGCCAAGUUUCCAUACAGUGUUGUUGAAGAGCCAAGUGACAACACUGAGCACCGUGUCUGUGUAGUCCUUGGCCUUGCAUGGACACCCUUUCCAGUACUGGGAGACUUCCCUGCUGCAGCUGCUCACUUCAGUGAAGCUUUCCCCAGGCUGGUGGCCGGGUUAACCUCUGUCCUGGGCUUGCAAGCACUCCUGCAGUAUCAUACCCGAGAAAUUGCUUGCAGCAAUGUCUCCUCCAGUUUUGGAUGUAGAAAGGAGAGCGUCUGAUGGUGAAUGUCUCUUGCUCCCUAAUGUUCUGGUCUCGGACAGCUUGUAUGUGACACCUGCUUGGAUGUAACGUGUUCACCAGCAUGUGCGCUUGCCCAGGGCCUACUGUAAAUGGACAGCAGCCCCUCACCCUUUCCCUCAGGACAAGUUCAGCAUGCGAGAGUCGCUUCUGGCUCACCUCAGUCUCCACUGACCCCGCUUGGGAUCAGUCUUCCUGGUUCCUUGUGGUCAGAGGUUGCCCUGCUCUUUGGAAAAGCACAACAAAUGCCUUGUGCCACUUCCCCUUCCUCUGGUGUCCGGCUGUUCUGCUGCUCUGAACUGGACUUGUAAAUACCUUCUGAAAGUUAAUGUAUUUAAAUGCUGAAGGAGAAUGUUUAAUGUUGUGGCUUUGAGACAAAGCUUUUCUUGGAGAAGCAUCUCUGUGCACUUCUACUGACAAACGUCUGUCAGCACUGGAGCAAAGUUUUCUCCACUGCUUUGUCUGCAGGGAUGACUCGUAGAUGUCUCCGUUGUCGUAACAGCAGCUUGUUUUUCCCCACAGCUCAGUUCAAGGCUUAGCUGUGUGUCCUUCUGUUAGGCUUGCCUUACACCUUAGUCACAGUUUCACUUCCCAGACUCUCCUGUCGUGGCACAUAGAAGGGUUUUUGGUGAGCUGUGAACUCAAGGAAGCCGUGAAGCACAACUGUUGUUCCCAAGGAGCACCAGGUGUCCUGCAAACAGGAAUGAUUCAUGCAAGGAAGGAGAGGCUGGAACAGGCACAAGCACAGUUAGUUCCCAGCUGUUCCUGGGCAGCUCCUUGCUGCUGCGUCCUGGAGAGCACUUGGGAUGCUUCCUGUGCCCUGUGAGCAGAGUCCUCUGUCCUUCUAGGAGCAAAUUCCUAUUUAUAAGGGUGCCCUACUUGUUCUUGCCUCCCGCUGCUUAUUCCAGGCUGAUGUCCUGUGUGCCUGGGGCAGGUUGACCGGUCUGACUCCUCUGUCACUUCUCUGAGGUGGUGAUUGUGUCGGCCAGGAGGGACCACAGGGAGAGCUAAACAGGGCAAGAUCCUGUCCCUACCAGUCUUUACAUUGCAAAUAGGAGUAAUUCCAGCCCUGUGGCUUUGUGUGAGUGCUGCACCAUUGCAAGACUGUUCUCUGAGCAAUAUAACCACAAUCUAACACUGGCCUUUCUUCCUACAAAGCCAGCUCUCUCCUGUCACCCUCUGUCAGCAGUAUUCCCAGGUACGCUGUAUGCCCAGGGUACAGCCAGCACCCCUGUGCCACCUCUGGCUCCUGUCCUGCUGUAUGAAGGGAGCAGGUGAGCUGGGCAGGUGCUGCCAGGCAGAAAUGGGGCACAGUUUGCCUCUCUUCCCCCAUGGAGGUCCUGGUUUGGGUCUCGCUCCUGCCUCCUAAAACUUAUAGGAACUUAGCAUUUCUGAAACCUCUGUCUUGGCCAAAUCUGAUUAAAUCAGCCCUAAAAAAGCUGGUUGUAGGAAAAGACUGGCAGAUGGGAAAAGGCAGAUACAAUGCACGUUAGGGAAGCCCAAUCCCUUAGGAACUGCAGGUGAUUCCUUGGUUUGAGGCAGGUGCAGGUGUAGUAGCACAGCGUAGCAUUGUCCCCUUGCGUGCUGAUGGAUGGACUUCCCGCCCCGGGCAGCAAAGUGUAGGUUGUGGCCUCUCCAACUUACUGAGUGUCUGCCAGGAGCCACAGGCUCUCUGCCGGAUUUAUGGCUCUGUAGGCUGUUAAUGUCUGCACCUAUUUUUGCAGAAUUAUCUCUGCGCUUUCCCAGAAGAGGGGAGCUUGGGGCUUCAUUCUGAUUCCACCUGACACUGGCAAAGGGAGGAGGACUUGAUGGCUCUCCUGGAAUCCUAGUGACUGGAGUCCCGGGGUGUCUGAGACAAGGGCUGACUUAGGCCAUGGGGUAGGUGGGUUCUGCAUCUUCUCUGCUUCUCAGUAGGGCUCCUGGAUUGUGGAAAUUGUCCACUUUCUCAGAGUGUACCUGUGAAAGUCUGCUUUUAUUAAAGCAAUAAUCAAGACUUUAAAAUAGAGCUAAACAUAGGAGAGUGACUUUACAUCUUGAGCUUGUCCUGGCAUCACUGGACAGGAGGCGCUGUGAGGGUGUAAAGCUGGUAGGGCCCAUCUCUUCCCAUCCAUCUGUCCUUGGUGUUCUAGCUACCAGCAUCCUCCUCCCCUGCGGACACACACUGAAGGCCCCUCGCUGGGAUCAGCUUGGAUGUGUAGGUAUGGCCCCUCUUCUCUCCGUCCAUGCCCCUCUCCUGUGGCAAAAUUCAUUACUACAACAGGGUUCUGUUGCAUUUAAAUUUGCACAAAAUAGGUUUUAUUAUGAAAUUCCCUAUUGCAGGGAACACUUAUUUAUUUAUUUCUCAUGAUCCUUCCAAGUUUCUUCCAGUCUUGGCCUGAUUCCAUGACCAGCUUGUCAGACACUCUGGAGACGGAUGAUCCUUCUCAAGGGUGGAGAAUCCUCUCUGGAUGUUCUCCUCUUGCAAGUAGCAAAGUUCUGUGGGCACCAGCUGAGAGUGCCCUGGCACAGCAACUAUUCCCCUUCUGCAAGACUAAGGUGUAGCAAGGAGAUGUUGCUGCUUUAAUUGUAUUCUCAAAAAGGUGAUGUUCCUGAAGGACAGGCAGUAAGAUUUAGUCCUGCAGUCAGAGAAAGAAACUUGCUUCCACCAUGGUCUGGAUGAAAUGCCAAGAACUGAUCAGUAUUAAGAUAAAUAUCCGUUGGUGUAUUUGAAUGUGUCUCCUGUUGGCAUGACUAGGAAUAGCUGGCACCCACGCGACGUAGAUGUGAGAGCGCUUGCUUUCAUCUGUCUGGUGGCAAAUUUAGGCUGUACCUGGAAGUGGGUUUGAUUGGUUUUUUUCUUGUAGAAAUUAUGGCUAAUUUUUUUUAAUGAAAAUAGAGGGUUCUUGGAUGAUGCUGCCUCGGUGGAAUGCCGUUUGUUUUUCAAGGUGUGCCCCGUUUGCAGCAAGAUGCUGCUUUUUUUUUGUGCCUUUCUUGUCAGGAUGAUUCUUUUGGUUUCCAGAACACCCAGUGCGUUUGCUCUAAUCGUCUUUCUCCCUGUCCUCUGUCCUGGUGACUCUGCCCUCUCCCAGCCUUGUGACUUAGUGUCUCUCUGUCUGUUACGGUAUGGCCUGACCUGCAUUUAUGCCCUGCCACACCUUGAGUUCUGCUCAGAGCACCCGAGGUACUGUCUUUCUCAAAUUGGAAUUAAUAAUUAAUAUAAAAAGCUUGAAAAAAAAUCUGAAUUUUGUUACAUAGUGUAAUAACUGUUUGUAGAUACUGUUCUGAGAUGUAGGAAUCUAUUGGUGAUAUAAGAGGUUUUGUCUGUAAAUAAUCAGUUUAGAGUUCAAAUGAUUUUAAUAAAGAGAAUUCUUACACAAUAAUUCAAUAAAUUUUAAUAUACAA